AUGGGUGCGUGGGGUGGCCGACUGGGAGAUGGGGUCCGCGUGCGUGGCGACUGUAUUGGUAGGUUUUAUGACACAAUAGUCUUGGCAGUGGCGGUGGCGUGGGCAGUGGGGCCGGUGGACAGCGGGAAGGCGUGGACAGCGGGGACGGCGGUUGGGCAGCGGGGAAAGCCGGGGCAAGGACGAGGGCAGAUGGGAAAGGCGUGGGCAGCGGGGGACGGCGGGGCAGCGGGGGAACGGGGGCGUGGGCAGCGGGCGACGCAGGUGGGCAGCGGGGACGGGUGGCACGCGGAGAAGACGAGGCAGCGGGAUGGCCGGGGCAGCUGGGAAGCUGUGGGCAGCGGGGAGACGGGCGUGGUGCAGCGGGGGGUUGGCGUGGGUAGGGGACGGAAGGUCGGUGGGAGCGGGGGCGGCGUCGCCGGAAGCGGCGGCGGCACGGCCGGGAGCGGCGGGGGUAGGGGCGGCGGGGAUGGAGGGGAAGUGAAACUGGCGGUGGCGAGGUCCGAUGUGCGGUUCGAAGCGAGGGAGCGAUGGGAAGGGCGGCGGGGGCCACGACACAUUGCAUGCCCCCGCCGCACUCGCCGAUUGGAUUCGCCGCUGAUUCGGCACGAUUCGGACUAUAAUGAUAAUGAUGAUGGUGGUGAUGAUGACGAUGGUGGUGAUGAUCACGAUGGUGGUGAUGAUGACGAUGGCAGUGAUGAUGACGAUGGCGGUGAUGAUGACAAAGGCGGUGAUGAUGACGAUGGCGGUGAUGAUGACGAUGGCGGUGGUGAUGACGAUGGCGGUGGUGAUGACGAUGGCGGUGGUGAUGACGAUGGCGGUGGUGAUGAUGAUGAUGAUGACGAUGUAGGUGAUGAUGAUGAUGAUGACAAUGGCGGUGAUGAUGAUGAUGAUGAUGACGAUGGCGGUGAUGAUGAUGAUGAUGAUGACGAUGGCGGUGAUGAUGAUGAUGAUGACGAUGGCGGUGAUGAUGAUGAUGACGAUGGCGGUGAUGAUGAUGACGAUGGCGGUGAUGAUGACGAUGGUGAUGGUGGUGACGGUGAUGGUGGUGGUGACGGUGAUGGUGGUGGUGACGGUGAUGGUGGACCGUCGUGGAACAGCGGUAAACCAGUGUUCCUUUGAAGACUCAUCUAUGUACAUGUGAAAAAUAUGUAUUAUUAGCUUCCGGAAAUGCACUCGCUGCCGAACCUGACGGUGCUCAGCCUGUCGGGGUGCAGCAAGAUCACGGACGACGGCGUGGAGCUGAUCGCCGAGAACCUGCAGAAGCUGCGCUCGCUCGACCUGUCGUGGUGCCCGCGCAUCACGGACGCCGCGCUCGAGUACAUCGCCUGCGACCUCAACCAGCUCGAGGAGCUCACGCUCGACCGAUGCGUGCACAUCACCGACAUCGGCGUGGGCUACAUCUCCACCAUGCUGUCGCUGUCGGCGUUGUUCCUCCGCUGGUGCUCGCAGGUGCGAGACUUCGGGUUGCAGCAUCUCUGCGGGAUGCGCAACCUGCAGGUGCUCUCCCUCGCAGGUUGUCCACUCUUGACAUCCAGUGGCUUGUCAAGCCUUAUACAGCUUCGGCACCUUCAAGAGUUGGAGCUUACCAAUUGUCCAGGAGCAUCAAGAGAAUUGUUUGACUAUUUGAGAGAACAUUUACCUAGAUGUCUUAUAAUUGAAUAAAAAGAAAAAAAAAUAUUUUUCAGUGUAUUUCAAAAUUUAUGAUGAAAGAUGCAGGCAAAUUAUUUUUCUUUUUCAGUUCCUUGGAAGACCAUUUCUUGUGUGUGUUGGUACAAACUGUGUGCCUGUGAAGUGUUUCUUGUGGUUGGACUCCAAGAGGAUUGAAAACUGAUUUGCAUACAAACUCAACUGAAGUCUAUUGAAUAUUAUACAAAAUACAAUUGUUAAUUAUAUGACAGGUAUAUUUUUUCCCACCAUUCCAGUCCAGCUGGCUUUUAAAUACAAGGAGCCAAAUCAUGGGAAAUUGUUUACAAACAGAGGCUUUUGGAAUCACAGCCUCCCAAAAAGACUGAAGUUGUUUUAUUGAUUUAGGAUGUACUUCUUCACAUUUGUAUACUGUUAUCUGCACUAUCUGAUAAUUAUCUGUCCCUUUCACCUUCUUCAUAUUAUAGAAUUAUAACAAUAUUUGUCCAAACCUGUAACCAGUCAAAAUUAUUUUCUCUUUUUAAUGGUAAUUUACCAUUUUCUUUUAGAUAAAAUUCAAAAUUUUAUUAUGAAGAUUGGUAAUUAUUUUACCUUAAUAGUUCGUAGGCCAGGAUGCAUUCCAAAACUUUGUUUUAAUUUUUAGAUUACAAUUGUUUAUAAAAGAUUUCUCCCAAAUAUUUUUCCGUAUGUAUCUUUUAUUUACAUAAUUUCAUAUUUUCCCUUAGCAUUUGCUCAAUAAUAUCCACUGAUAAAAAAAAAACGAAACUAUGUACAUAAAACCUCACAUUGCAAAUUUUAUGUAAUUGUGUGCAAUAUUUACCUGUUCUCAAAAUUCUAUUUGAGAAUUAAAGACGAGGAAAGGAAAUAUGGACGAUGCAGUAUAUGAAACCUACACAGUAGACAAAUUUUGUUAAGCUUCCUAAUGCCUUUCCAUUGUUUUACACCAAACAUUUGCAUAGUCAGAUGAAAAAUCAUAUAUGUGCUGUCAACCAGCUGGCUAGAAUAUUUACUCCAAUUUCUUUCUCCUUGAAUGUUGCCACUCUUUCAUAAUCACCUUCUCUCAAAUUGAGAGUACAUUAGGUACCUCAGUCAAUCAUGUUCAGUGAGGGAGAAAUUCUCUGAUCUGCCAGAAGAACACUCCCUAGCUUUUUUGUGUUGUGCAACAAUUGGUGUUCUGAUUCACAAACAUUAAAAUCUGAUGAUGUAUCACAGCAGCAUUAUGAAGAAGUAGAAGGAAAUACCAAACAUACGAAAACAAUGUGUUGUUUUUGUGAUAUAUUGCAGUAUGUCAAUGAUGUUCACUAUCUUUUACUCUUGUUUCACUGUGCUAGUCAAGUUGGUGAUUUUAUUUGUCAUAAAAAUGUUAGCUAGAACAAAUGUGUAUCCCAAAGCUUGGACUCCUUUAUGGCCCCUUAUUGUUGGCAGUUUGUUCUGGCAGAAAAUUAAGUGUUCUCCUUCAAGACCGCUUAUUGCGCUUGUAAUGAUCAUCUACAAUUGUUAGUGGAGGUGAUCAACCAAUGAUCUGUGGACCACACAACCUCAAAUUCAAACUAUGAAAAUUGUUUAUAGUGCUGUCUUUUAGUAAUUAAAAAAGGAUUACCUACUUGUAGUUAUGGUCUGAGAGUUGUAUAUAACACUUUGAAUAACAUAUCAAGUCUGUUUGACGUGAUUGUUAUUGUAAUGAAAUGAAGAUGCUAAGAAGCAUAAGCUGCAUUGCUAAACCCAUUGCUUUUGGUGAGCUGUUGUUGAGCCAGACUGUUCUAAACUGUAGGCAAUAAUUAUUCUUAUUUUAAGUGUGUUCUCACAGUGAGGAUAAGAAUGGCCCACAUGACCGAGGUUGAUGCUCCAUUGUUGGGGCAUAUCCCAUUUUCAAAAUUCCUCUUGUUGUACCAAUUAACAAGUAAUAACUUUGUACUUCUGACCUGUGAUGUACAUAAAUUAAGGUAGUUCUCACUGCAAUAACAUUUUCAUGCCAUAUGAAAUAGAUAAGAUGUUGUUUAUCUCUGUUAUGACUAUUUUCAUAAAUCUGCAAUGUGAUAAACAGGCAUAAUAGACUUGAAAAUUGAUAUAAAAAUAUGUAUAUCAAAGCCAACAGUGAAUUGAAAAACCAAAUGCGCUUGUCUAUUCUUUUCUCUGAGCAAGAGAUAUUGUUUUAACAACCACAACGCUAUUUAUCUUCUGGUUUGACUAGCCAAAAGUAAGAGGUAUGUUAAUCUUUCAUUUAUUUCUAAACAAGUGUUUACAACUGUGCAAACAUCAUCCAAAUUUUUUUCAAUUGUAAAAAUUUAUGCACAGCUUAUAUUUACUUCUUAUGUAUUUCAGUAUGUGGCAUUUGCACUUCAUUUUAUUAUAGGUGUUUCAUUCCAAAAUCAAUCCUUUAGUCGUUUCCCCAAAACUAAGUUGUGCAUAUAUGUAUUAGUUGCUGUGUAUGGUGCUUCUUAGCUUCAUGCUACUGAAUGUACAGUCACUAUAGACCUUAGUGUGUAUCUGUUUAAACAUAAGGAUUACCUGAAAAAUGUGUAAAUAUUGUACAUUUCUUACUGGUAAUUCAGCAUCUUAGUUUUAAAACAAAAGUCAAUAAAGUAGUUGUUCUGUCUGAAUAAAAUUUAUUCA